AUGGCAGCCCAGGAGCGCGCAGAAGGCGCUUCAGGGAACACUACAUCAUCGGGGCAAGAUCCUGUGUAUCCUCUGCCAGAAGGAAACCAUGAACAAGUGAGUGCUGAUAGGGAGCAGUUUGAUCGGGCGCUCAAGCGCGUGCAUGAGUACUUCGGCAUUACAGACAAGGUUCCCAGGGUCGGGGGCCGAGAACUAGACUUGCACCAAUUGUACUGCAACGUCACAGCGCUAGGCGGAUGUGCACAGGUCAUUGCCAAGAAACAGUGGCGGGAUGCUGCGGAGUCAUUCAAGUAUCCAGAUACCAUCACAAGCGUCUCAUUCACGCUGCGCAAGGCCUACUCGCAGCUCCUCUGGGACUUCGAGCAGAUAUAUUUCUUCGAGGUCAGCACCAUCCCACCUGUUCAGCUGCCUUUACACCCUGCUGUCCUGCAGACGAAGAACUCGAGUCGUGUUACAGCGUGUGAUAUGCGCUGGGACCAAUCGCUCAUGUCACAUGCGGUGGGCACGCAGGGGACGGUGACGCUGGACGGCCGGUUCGACUGCGGCUAUUUUGUGACGGUGCACAUCGGACGGGAGGAGUUCCGGGGGAUGCUCUACUACCCGCCCCACGAGCCGGCAGAAGUGAGCAUGUCUGCGCUUGAGUCAUCAAAUGGGCGCGACCCGAACGUGCCCAAGCCCAAUCGGACGCCGUUCAAUUUUUUCAGUGCAGAUGCGCGGCCCAGGGCUAAGGCCGCGUUCCCUGAGCUCCCACAGCCUGAGAUCACCAAAAAGGUGGGCGAGAUGUGGCAGACCUCCAGUGAGGAGGACAAGGCGCCCUUCAAAGCCAUGGCCCAGGCCGACAAAGACCGAUACCUGGGAGAAUUAGAGGCCCACAACUACAGGUGGGGCAAUCGAUCAAUCUGA